CCCUCAACAGACUCCCUCAUCUUCUGACCAGUAUGGAACAGAGGGAAAUUCUGCAGAACUACCUGGACGGGGCACGGAGCAAGAUACUCAACAGGGAAGAGUUUGCCAGCGAGUUUCUGAAGCUGAAAAGACAGUCCACCAAGUACAAGGUGGACAAAACAUACCCUACCGCAGUAUCUGAGAAGCCAGAGAAUAUUAAGAAAAACAGAUACAAAGACAUCUUGCCCUUUGAUCACAGCCGGGUGGAGCUGUCUCUGAUAACCUCUGAUGAAGACUCUCACUACAUCAAUGCCAACUUCAUCAAGGGAGUGUAUGGGCCUAGAGCCUAUAUUGCCACCCAAGGCCCCUUAUCUACUACGCUUCUGGACUUCUGGAGGAUGAUCUGGGAAUACAGUGUCCUGAUCAUAGUUAUGGCAUGCAUGGAGUUUGAAAUGGGAAAGAAAAAGUGUGAGCGCUACUGGCCUGAGCUGGGAGAGACCGGUCUGCAGUUUGGCCCCUUUUCCAUAUCCUGUGAAGCUGAAGAGAGAAAAUCGGAUUAUGUGAUCAGGACGCUAAAAGCAAAGUUAUAUAGUGAAACCCGAACCAUUCAUCAGUUUCAUUAUAAGAACUGGCCGGAUCAUGAUGUGCCUUCAUCCAUAGAUCCCAUCCUUGAGCUCAUCUGGGAAAUGAGAUGUUACCAAGAGGACGACAACGUCCCCAUCUGCAUUCACUGCAGUGCUGGCUGUGGAAGGACUGGGGUUAUUUGUGCCAUUGACUAUACCUGGAAGCUCCUGAAAGAUGGGAUAAUCCCAGUGAACUUCAAUAUUUUUAGUUUGAUUCAGGAAAUGAGAACGCAGAGGCCUUCAUUAGUGCAAACUCAGGAACAAUAUGAAUUGGUCUAUAAAGCCAUCACAGAGCUCUUUUUAAGACAGAUACAAGUACUUACAGAUUCCCAGGAUUUGGCCAGUACAGAGAUUAUAGCAAACCACCCAGUAGUCGAACAAAGUCCAGAUCCCGAGGCAGAUCCUUAUUCUCUCCAACUACCAGGCAGUGCAGCUGAGAAGCAGGUGAUGUGCCAACAGAAUGAAAGUGUGGUGGAAGAAGACAUAGAACAGACCUCAUCCUCCACUUCUAAUACCUCUGAACUUCAUGAAAGUGAGGGAUCCAAUCUCUAUCCCGUUAGACAGAGCAUUUCUCUUGAAGCCUUGGAACGAGACCAUGACAACGACAAAAAUGCUAAAACACGACGGCUACGGGAUACAGAGGUGUCUCUACUAGUUGGGGAAACACUCCAGAAGCAUCAAAGUUUGGACUUGACACCCAUUUUGGCUGAGGCCUAUCCUAACUCAGAAUCUGCAAAUGCAACGGAGAGACCUACCACUGUAAAAGCACCAUUAACACGGACCAAAUCUACUCCCUCUGAAUCGACCCGGAAGAGAGAAGCUAAGGAAUUAGAAGUGAAAGAUCCGUUGCCUCACUUGGGAACUCAGUUGAGCAAUUCUUGCUUCUCUGGGGCGUUACAGACUCAGAAGCAGCUCAAUUCUUCUUCUGCGGAACUAAAUUAUUCAGGAUCAUGUGGCUCUCAAUGCUGCUUGCCUGGUGCCUGUGGUCUAAAACAUCAUUUUCACGAUACCUAUAGGCCACAUCCUUAUACUUCCUCAGCAGAAGAUCCUUAUUUUUCACCAUCACCUCUCACUAAUCCUGAAUCUCCAAUAUGUGUUGAGUUCUCUAAAGAGAAAGAUGGACCUGCUUUUACCUUUUCUUUGUCCCCUGCAACUUCUAAAGCCCAGAUCUCUGACUCCCUGCCAUUUAACUCUCCGGCAUCCGGACCUCAGGCCAAUUAUUUGCACCCACCUGUCAGCAGAGAGGCAGCAAUACAGGUGUACCCAAGCCUAGAAGACAUUCCUCCUCCUUUGCCUGAGAGAACCCCUGAAUCAUUUAUUGUAACUGGUGAAACUGAAGAGUUUCCACAGGAAGCUUUCACACUUCAGCCGUCACCUGAGAAUCUACACAUUGGAACAUCACAGGAAUGGAGUGGAGUAGCUGAAUCCAAGGAAUCUGAUGAUUCAGUCAGACUGAGGCCCAGCAAGAGUGUGAGAAUACGGAUUCCCAAAUCAGAGAAACGUCGAGAUAGUUCUUCCCCACCUCCUCCACUCCCGGAAAGAACACGGGAGUCCUUCUUUCUUGCUGAUGAAGACUGUGUGGAGGCCCAGCCUGUAGAAACUUAUUCCACCAGCUGCCCUGGGAAUUCAGAAAGUACAACAUCUAAACACUCAUCCAAGAGUAAUGGAAAAGGCUUCAGGAGGAGUAAGAGUUUGAAGCUUUUGCGAAAUAUGAAAAAGAGUAUCUGUAACUCAUCCCCACCUGCUAAACCAACAGAAUCUUCAAAAUUGAACUUCGCCAGCUCCUUCCUGAACUUUGGUUUCGCGAAUCGUUUCUCAAAACCCAAAGGACCGAGGAAUCCUCCACCGACUUGGAAUAUUUAAUACAAUUUGAACUUUUAUAAGAAAGUAUAUUUGGUACAAUGCUGCCCGAAGCUGCAUAUGUUUCUUCAAACAAAAUCACCAUAGUGCUGAGGAGUGGGUUUCAUAAUCAACAAAACAGCAGUCAAGGAAUAAGAUGAUGAGAUGGAUAACUUUAAAAUAAAAAUGGGAUGUUCAAUAGAUGCAGGCAGCUUAACACUUCCUAUUCCUUAACAUCAGGCUGGAAUCCACAAAAUUUAGCAUCUGCGUUCA